AAUUACCUCUCCCCUUCUCUAACAGAUAAUAUUCUGAAAAAAAAAAACUGCCGCUACACCCACAGGACACUCCCGCCACCGGCCCGCCGCCUACCCCAGCUACUGCCGCUGCCGCUGCCGCUGCCGCUGCCGCUGCCGCUGCCGCUGCCGCCGUCUUACCAGCCCCUGCUCCUGACGCCGCAUACAAGAAUUCCUGUAUAUUUAUACCUUUUAUUAACCGCUGAAAAUCACCGUAAAAAAUAAAAUCCAAAACCCACGGCUUCUGAAGUUCGACUUCUACGCCGUUGUAGUUAGGUUUGAGUUUGAAUCCAUCGAAGGAAUUUUCCCAAUUCACUGGAAUUUCUCCUUGUUUGAUUAUCCCUUAUAUAAAAUCCCGCCGCCAUUAUUUCAACCCUUCCUAAUUCCUAAUAUUUUUUAUCUGGGCUAAAAAUCUGCACAGUAAUAAUGAGAUUGUUGAAAGUGGCAACAUGUAAUUUGAAUCAAUGGGCAAUGGAUUUCGACUGCAAUUUGAAAAACAUACAAGAAUCAAUCACCAGGGCUAAAAAUGCUGGUGCUGUUAUUCGAUUAGGUCCUGAACUUGAAAUCACUGGUUAUGGCUGCGAAGAUCAUUUUUUAGAGCAAGAAACUAUUGAUCAUGCAUGGGAAUGUUUAGAGAAACUUUUGCUUGGAGAUUGGACAGAUGGCAUAUUAUGCAGCUUUGGGAUGCCUGUAAUUUAUAGAUCACAACGUUACAAUUGUCAAGUUCUUUGUAUGAAUAGAAAGGUCAUCAUGAUACGACCAAAGAUGUGGCUUGCUAAUGAUGGUAAUUAUAGAGAGCUCCGUUGGUUCACUGCGUGGAAGACAAAAGAAUUGGUGGACUUUCAGCUACCGAUUGCAGAUGCCAUAUCUCAAGAGAUAGCUCCCUUUGGUUAUGGAUUCAUUGAUUUCUUGGACACAACUGUGGCUGCUGAAAUUUGUGAGGAGCUAUUUACUCCAGAUCCACCUCAUGCUGAGCUUUCUUUGAAUGGUGUUGAAGUGUUUAUGAAUGCCAGUGGAAGUCACCAUCAACUAAGAAAACUUGAUGUUCGUAUGAGUGCUUUUAUAGGUGCUACGCAAACUCCUCGCGGAGGAGUUUAUAUGUACAGCAAUCAACAGGGUUGUGAUGGUGGACGUUUAUACUAUGAUGGAUGUAGUUGUGUUGUUGUGAAUGGAGAUGUGGUUGCUCAAGGCUCACAAUUUUCAUUGAAAGAUGUGGAGGUUGUCAUUGCUCAAGUGGACCUUGAUGCAGUUGUUAGUCUUAGGGGUUCAAUAAGCAGUUUUCAAGAACAGGCAAGCUGCAAAACAAAAGUACCAUAUGUGUCGGCACGUCACAGGCUUUGUCGUUCAUUUAACAUGGAAGAACCUAUUUCCCUCCCGCUUAAGAUCAAGUAUCAUGAACCUGAGGAAGAGAUAGCUUUUGGACCUGCUUGUUGGCUAUGGGACUAUUUAAGAAGAAGUGGAGCUUCUGGUUUCUUGCUUCCCCUCUCUGGAGGUGCUGAUAGUUCCUCUGUUGCAGCAAUUGUUGGUUGUAUGUGUCAGCUUGUUGUCCAAGAAAUUGAAAAUGGGGAUGAGCAAGUGAAAAUGGAUGCAAUUAGGAUUGGCCAGUAUCCUGAAGGACAAUUCCCAAGUGAUAGCAAGGAGUUCGCAAAGCGCAUAUUUUAUACUGUGUUCAUGGGAACUCAAAAUAGUUCUGUAGCUACUAGGUCUCGUGCCAAAAUUCUUGCAGAUGAAAUUGGGUCAUGGCAUCUCGAUGUCUGCAUAGAUGGUGUUAUUUCAGCUUUGCUAACUUUAUUUCAGACAUUAACAGGAAAACGCCCUCGUUAUAAGGUUGAUGGGGGAUCAAAUGCUGAGAAUUUAGGGCUGCAAAACAUUCAAGCUCGCAUUCGAAUGGUGUUGGCUUUCAUGUUGGCGUCCCUUAUGCCUUGGGUUCAUAGCAAAUCUGGGUUUUAUCUUGUCCUCGGUAGUUCCAAUGUUGACGAAGCAUUACGUGGUUACUUGACAAAGUAUGACUGUAGUGCAGCAGACAUUAAUCCUAUUGGUAGUAUCAGCAAGACAGAUCUUCGAGCAUUUUUGCGGUGGGCUGCUGUCCAUCUAGGCUACUCUUCCUUGGCCGAGGUUGAAGCUGCGCCUCCAACUGCUGAAUUGGAACCAAUACGCUCUGAUUAUACUCAGCUGGAUGAAGUGGACAUGGGAAUGACUUACGAGGAGCUCUCAGUUUAUGGCAGGUUGCGUAAAGUUUUCCGUCGUGGUCCAGUAUCGAUGUUCAAGGACUUGUGCUUCAAAUGGGGUUCAAAAUUGACACCGUCAGAAAUUGGUGAAAAAGUGAAAUACUUCUUCAAAUACUACUCCAUCAAUCGGCACAAGAUGACUGUACUCACACCUUCCUACCAUGCUGAGAGCUAUUCGCCCGAGGACAACAGGUUUGAUCUACGUCAGUUUUUAUACAACUCAAGAUGGCCAUUUCAGUUUCGGAAAAUUGAUGAACUUGUAAACGAGAUGAAUGGGGACAAGGUUCUCUUAGCUGGAUCAGAUGACAAUGACAAACCAGGACUUGUCUCAGAUCACGUUGGUGGCAUGGGAGUAGCAGCAGCCGGAUCUGGAAACCCUAAUGUGGGUUUUUAAAUGCAUUUGACUAGUUUGUGAUCGUUCUGAAUGCUCUCUCGCCUUGUACAUCUUUAUGAAUCAUACUAGUUUGCUCGCCUUGAGACAGACCAAACAUCUGUCCUUGGUCCUGAUGACACGAUGUACGCUUGUCAUUGAUUCAUUCAUCAGACUCGAUUUUCUUAUUCCUCGACACAAAGGGUAGAGAUUAAAUAGGCAUCCUCUUCUAAGUGUAGAAUGGUGAAAGAAGUGGAAGUGUCAAUAAAGCCAUGAUUGUUUUUCUUUGAGUUGCUCUAUAACAAGGGAAUCCUAAGGUGGGCCGAAAACUAUCUUUACAUGUGUAUAAAACUAACUCGGCUGUUAUUUUUUCAAUGUUGUAUGUUGCAUAAUUUAAUAUAAUUUAAUAAAAAUAGAGAUAUCAUAGCCUACGUAGGCUCGAA